GCAAGAUACGAUCUAAUGUCCAGGUCCCAGCCCCUGGAGAUGUCGCGGCCACUGACUGACCAGGAGAAGAGGAAGCAGAUCAGCAUCCGCGGCAUCGUGGGGGUGGAGAAUGUGGCCGAGCUGAAGAAAGGCUUCAACCGGCACCUGCACUUCACCCUGGUCAAGGACCGCAAUGUGGCCACCCCCCGCGACUACUACUUUGCCCUGGCGCACACGGUGCGCGACCACCUGGUGGGCCGCUGGAUCCGCACCCAGCAGUACUACUACGAGAAGGACCCCAAGAGAGUUUACUAUCUCUCGCUAGAAUUUUAUAUGGGCCGUACCUUACAGAACACCAUGAUAAACCUUGGAUUGCAAAAUGCGUGUGAUGAGGCAAUUUAUCAGCUAGGGCUGGAUAUAGAAGAGCUGGAGGACAUGGAGGAGGAUGCUGGCCUUGGUAACGGAGGUCUGGGGAGACUGGCUGCCUGCUUCCUUGACUCCAUGGCAACACUGGGGCUUGCUGCGUACGGGUAUGGCAUCCGAUACGAAUACGGAAUCUUCAACCAGAAGAUCCGCGAUGGGUGGCAGGUGGAAGAAGCAGACGACUGGCUUAGACACGGCAACCCCUGGGAGAAAGCGCGUCCCGAGUACAUGCUGCCUGUUCACUUUUACGGAAGACUGGAACACACCAAGAGUGGAGUGAAGUGGGUCGACACGCAGGUGGUCCUGGCCUUGCCCUACGAUACCCCGGUGCCUGGAUACAUGAACAACACUGUCAACACCAUGCGGCUGUGGUCUGCUCGGGCUCCUAAUGACUUCAACCUCCGAGACUUUAAUGUUGGAGAUUACAUUCAAGCUGUCUUGGACAGAAAUCUGGCGGAGAACAUAUCGCGUGUCCUGUAUCCAAACGAUAACUUUUUCGAAGGCAAAGAGCUGCGGCUGAAGCAGGAGUACUUCGUGGUGGCUGCCACACUCCAGGAUAUCAUCCGGCGUUUCAAAGCAUCCAAAUUUGGGAGCACGGAAAGCAUUCGAACUGUAUUCGAUUCUUUCCCGGAUCAGGUAGCGAUACAGCUGAAUGACACUCACCCUGCACUGGCCAUUCCCGAAUUGAUGAGAGUUUUUGUGGACAUUGAAAAACUACCAUGGGCCAAGGCCUGGGAUAUCACAAAGCGGACCUUUGCCUACACAAACCACACGGUGCUCCCGGAAGCCCUAGAGCGCUGGCCGGUGGAUCUUGUGGAGAAGCUGCUCCCGAGACAUCUGCAAAUCAUUUAUGAAAUCAACCAGCGGCAUCUGGACAAAGUUGCAGCCCUGUUUCCCAAUGACCACGACCGUCUGAGAAGAAUGUCCCUGAUUGAAGAAGGGGGUAUGAAGAGAAUCAACAUGGCCCAUCUCUGCAUCGUCGGCUCUCAUGCGGUUAACGGCGUAGCAAAGAUCCACUCGGAUAUCGUGAAGACUCAGGUGUUCAAGGAUUUUGCCGAGCUGGACCCAGAGAUUUUUCAGAAUAAGACCAACGGAAUCACCCCCAGGCGCUGGCUCUUGCUUUGCAACCCAGGGCUGGCCGAGCUGAUAGCGGAGAAAAUCGGAGAGGACUAUGUGAAAGAUCUGAGUCAGCUGACAAAGCUGCAUCAGUUUGUUAAGGACGACAUCUUCAUUCGGGAGGUUUCCAAGGUGAAACAGGAGAAUAAAGUCAAGUUUGCUCAGUACUUGGAGAAGGAAUACAGAGUGAAAAUCAACCCUUCCUCCAUGUUUGACGUGCAAGUGAAGAGAAUCCACGAGUACAAGCGGCAGCUCAUGAACUGUCUGCACAUCAUCACCAUGUACAACCGCAUAAAGAGAGACCCUACGAAGUCAUUCGUGCCCAGGACGGUUAUUAUUGGAGGCAAAGCUGCUCCGGGAUAUCACAUGGCUAAAAUGAUCAUCAAACUCAUCACGUCGGUGGCUCACGUGGUGAACAAUGACCCCAUGGUUGGGAACAAGCUGAAAGUCAUCUAUCUGGAGAACUACCGCGUGUCGCUGGCUGAAAAGGUGAUUCCGGCCACGGACUUGUCCGAGCAGAUCUCCACAGCAGGCACGGAAGCGUCGGGGACGGGGAACAUGAAAUUCAUGCUGAACGGAGCCCUGACCAUCGGGACCAUGGACGGAGCCAACGUGGAGAUGGCAGAGGAGGCGGGGGAAGAGAACUUGUUCAUCUUUGGCAUGAGGGUCCAGGACGUCGCCGAGCUGGACAAGAAAGGGUACAGCGCCCAGGAGUACUACGACAAGCUGCCCGAGCUCAAACAGGCCAUGGAUCAGAUCCGAAGCGGCUUCUUCUCUCCACAACAGCCCGACCUCUUCAAAGACUUGAGCAACAUGCUGUUCCACCACGACCGGUUUAAAGUGUUUGCAGAUUAUGAGGCUUAUGUCAAAUGCCAAGACAAAGUCAGCCAGCUGUUUAUGAAUGCUAAAGAGUGGACCAAAAUGGUUAUUAGAAACAUCGCGGCCUCGGGGAAGUUCUCCAGUGACCGGACCAUUAAGGAAUAUGCCCGGGACAUCUGGAAUGUGGAGCCUUCUGACCUGAAGAUUCCUCCCCCAAACCAACCCAGGGAUGUGGCCGAUGACAAGACACCCAACGAUGCCACUGAAAAGCUGAAGAUGUAGUUCCGAGAUGUUGCAGCAGAAGCUGUCCCUAGUACGGAUGGGGUGUAACAUAGAUGCAUUCCCAUCACUCGUCAGCAGCGAUUUGUAUCGGCUUUCCCAAGAACUUGAGUCUCCAGAACACAGUGUUAGAAUACAAACGGCUUGCUUUAGGUGCUGGAAUAAAAGUGCCAAUUGAAAUA